AUGCCGAAGCGCCGACGUACGAACGUGCACACUUACGAUUUCGAUGCAUCAUUCACUGCCGAAGUUGAAAGCGACGACUAUGACGACGACAUCUUCGAUACGAAGGAGCAGAAAGGUGGCUCGGGCACCGACGCAACCGAUAUCGACGAUCUCUGCGAUGACGAUUUGGAUUAUUGGCGACGCAAGGUCGAGGCGUUCAACGAGGACCCAUGCGCCUGCCAGGAUUACAGCCCUGGGACAACGGUGCUUCUCGAUGCCAUGGAGGAGCAGUGGCGACAGUAUGUGCUCGCAAAAGAAACGCGGAAUCAAGAAGAAGAGCUCUUUGGGCACAUACUGGAAGGGAGGGAACAGUGUUUGAUCGAGCAGCGGCGAGCUAAUCGUUGUAUGACGAUCGACGAUCUCAAGCAGCGGGUCGAGACGAUGCUGAACACGACAAAGAAGUCGUUAAAGCUUGGAGAGCUGCGCAUCCUCGCCGUGCUCUUUGUCCUUCUGCUUGCUCCGGCCGGUUCUCGCCCAGAAGGCGGACCACACAAACUUCCCUUCGCUUUACUCCGGAGUUCACCAAAAGCUAUCUUGGUGAGCAGGAACAGUAAGUCGAUCCAGUCUGCUGCAAGUAAACCAUCCUUACAUUAUAGGAAAACAUACUCCAUCCCCGAGACGAUGUUCAACCCGUUCCUGCUCCUAAGCCCCCAUGUAUUCCUCCUAGACGCCCUCUUCCGACAUCGAGCUUUCAAUGCAUCCAGCCUCACCUCGCCGCACCAUCUUGAUAACCUCGAUAUACAUCCUGGCGAGCGGGAGCUGCCCUUACCAUCAAGGGAGGACCUGAAUGAUAUCUUCACAUUUCGUCGGGCCAUCGAGACAUUUACGGGCUAUCAAAUUUUCACCAACGAUUGUCUUACCUCUGGGAUGAUGGCGGCGUGGAUUCAGAGAAUCGGCGAAAUACUUGGGUUCGAGUACCCUACGAUAGCGUAUAACCUACGUUAUAAUGCUGCCAACGCGUUCGAUCAAAGCGUCGAGGUCAGCGAAGCUCUCAGGAAUCUCGCUCUAGGACAUGGCAACUCCGAUCCUUUCCAGAGACACUUCCUCGGACGUAACAUUUCGGCCGACCUUUGGGGCGUCCUCUGGGGGCAUAAGCCACCACAGGCGCUCAUGAAGCAGUCUUGCAGCAUAGGCCACUCCAUCUCCGAGCGUCGCCCUAUCGGCCUCACAUUAGCGCAGUCUGCAUCGGUCGCCACCCAUCCGACUCUUAGAGAGCUGACUAAAGCUCUUCGAGAACUGCCGCAAGGCUCCAAACAAGACGAGUGGACUGACAAGCAAGCCACAAAAGACAUCGAGCGUCCAGCACAAAGGCGCCUGAUCGAGAAGCUCACCACCCCGAUCGUGACCACGCUCGAAGGUCAAUACCGACGGAGGGAUGAAGCCAUCGAGGCUGUUUCCGCAUACUGUCUUGUCCAGGAAGGAUGUACUUUGCCCCUGUCUCGCCCUCGGUCGACACCAAAGGCCGCAGUCUGUUACUCUUCUUCUGAUCCGCUUGAGGGCGGCCAGUUGGACUUCGCCACACGAUCUAUUUUCAUCACUAACGAUAAGGAGCGGAGCAAGAGAUUUUUGGUCUGUUUUGGACAGGCCUUGGAUUUACCUCCGGAUGACGAGGGUCAGUUGGACGAACUCACCCAUGAGUUCUACACAUCUAAUGACUUGACCAAACACUUCCGAAAGAAGCAUUUGUCCAAGGUUGCGGAUGGUGAUAGACCUGAGUACAAGGUUUGCAGAAUGACGCUCGAUCACAAGAUGCACCUCCAAAAAACCACGCCAUGA